CCAUCAUAAAAAGAGAUUAUAGUUAGGUAAAAUAUUUAGCUGUUAUUUUUAAUCAAUUAUCAAAAAACGAGAUAAAGCUGUAGAGUAAUUACUAAUAUACAAUUAGCAAUGUAAUAGUAAAACUAUAAAAACAAUCAACAAAAUAAAAAAGCUUCACCUUAUUCGAAUAAAAAGAAUGGGUAAAAAGUGCAUUAAUUGUAAAAUCCAAAUUCUUAUGAUGACCAGCUAUCUUCAAUACUUUUCAGCGAAUCAUAAUACUCAAACAAAAAGCCAUCUAAAAACAAAGUGUAUCAUACACCUGAAAAAAAAUACGAUCAUUCUACUUAAAAAAAAGUACCUCCCUAAUAAUAUUAGAUAUUUUAAACUUAGAAUAAUCAAAUAUUUGGAUUCAAUUAGCAUCCUCUUUUGUAAGAUAGAGGAUAGCCUAUAGGUGAAUACAAAUGGCAUUUACCUUAAAGGUAAUAGCUCCCUUUAUAAAACUAGGAAACAAAUAAAAAAUAUUUUAACUAAAAUUCAUUUCAGCAGGAACAAAAUAGCAAUUUAGGUGCGGAAGAAUAGCAUUCUUAUAUUCCAUCUGAUAAUUCAAGCAAUAUCUUUGAUUCUAUGAAAAGCUUUUCUCAUUCAUUUAAUCAUGGAAAUACUUUUAAUUAAUAAUCUAGUCCUUUAAAAAAUGAAUAACAUUUUACUUAGUAUAAUAAUUUUUCAACAAGCUAGUAAAACUAAAUAUCCUAAGAAGCUUAAUACUAAAGCUUUAAUAAAGGAUUUACUCAAAGCUCUUCUGAAGGCCAGCUAGAUAGUACUGAUUAAAUUAUAAAAAAUAUGAGAGCAGAUUUGCUUAAAGUUGAUUUUGAUAAGAAUAAAGUGAUACCAAACUCAAAUGUUUAGGUUAUAUGUGAAGAUGAACCUCCUUAAAAUUUUAUAUCUUUCUCAUAAAAUGAUUAUAAUCAUAAUUUAUUUAACAAUAACAAGUAGAAUGAUCAGGGCUAUUUAUAUCACUCUUCUCAUGUUUCUCCUGUUGACUAUGAGCCUUCUCUAGUUUAAGAUCCUAGCAAAAGAGAGUCUUUUAACGAUAUUAGCAAUUUGUAGAUUUAAAUAAAUCACAAACAUAAUCAACUUAAAAUGGAUGAUUAGAGCAAAAUUCAAGAAAAUAAUACUUAGAGAUUUGUUAAAUAAAAUUAAAAUAAUUCAGACAACUAUUCUGAGAACUUGUUUUCUAGUCAACAAAAACCAAAAAAGUAAGGAUACGAUCCAAUAUAUAUGGAUAUUAUACAAAACAUAGAAGCUAGCAAAUAAUAUUUAAGUUGCACUCAGAAAUGUUUGAGCUAAUAAAAGGAUUAAAAGAAAUAAAUGCAUAUUUAUGAAAGCAUUUUAGAUGAAAAUAAAAAUAAAAAGGCUCAAAAGUAAAUAAAUGCUUCUUAAAAAUCUACUUCUUUAUAACCUAAAUAAAGCUCAGCUAAAAAAUAAUCUUCCUAUUAUUCAACAUAAGUAUUAGAUUCUAUACAAAAAAAGAGAUCAGUGCUUUUGUAAAAUAGUAAUGUAAAAUAUGGAAAAAGCCAAUCUCCAAAAUUAGUUCAUAAUCAAAGUUUAGACUUUUUAAAUCAAUCUCCGACUUCAAUAAAAAAAAAUAAUUCAAUCGAAUCUAAGCUGUCGCUUUUAAAAGACCUUACCUAAAGGCAUAUAUAGAAUUUACCUUUAACUUCUCAUUUAAGUUCUCUAAAAAAGUAAAGCUAGUCUCCAAACCAAAAAAACUCAAGGUCAGGAUUUGAGGUUUGCACAUUCUUGAAAGACCCUUCAGGAAAAUCACUCAUUAGACCUGACUCUAUGGAGAAAGCUAUAUAAGAAAGCCAUAAUAAACCAAUUGUAGGAUCAGGAGAUUUUAAGUAAAGAUAUGAAUAGGAAUUAAAUUAAGCUAAAUAAAAAUUGUUAAAUGAAGAGAAACUAUCUGUUCAAUUAGAUAGCUAGAUACUACAGUUCAAUGAUGAUUAAAAAAAUAUUAGAUAGCUUAUUUUGCAGACAGAUUCAAAAGUAAACAAGCUAGAAAUUAGAAAUAAAAAGCUUAAAUAGAAAUGGGUCGAAUAAGGAUUAAAUUAGGAAUUAAUAAAUGACUAAGACACUAAGCUAUAAAGAUUAAGAGAUCAAGAAUAAAAGAACGAUUUUAUUAUUUCUGAGUUAUAAAGAUAUAAUGGAGACAUGAAAACUCAAUUAGAGUAAUUAUUAAAAUAAAUAGAAAUUGAAAAGUCAAUUAAAACUUAAAUACAAAGUAACAUAAAGCAGAAUUAAAAUACUUUCUUAUAAGAUGAAUCUCAAUUAAGCUAAAUAAAAAUGCUUGAAAAUACUAAUAGUCUAAAUAAUACACUUAGUUUGCCUUCUUCUCCUUUUACUAUUAUUGGAGGAUCCUUUUCUGUUAAAAAUCAACUUCUAUAAAACAAAAAUGUAAAUAUACAGUUUAAUUAAUGUCCUAAAUCAGAUGAUUCUCUAAACAAUAUUGUUGGCAACUCUUUUGACUAAUAAGAUUAAAUGAUAUCUCAUCUAAUAUAAAAAUAUAGUCCUUCACCUAAAAAAUAAUAAACAACCCCAUCUUAGUCCAACUAAACUGUGAAUACUUGCAGUAGUUACCAAUCUGAAAAUAAGUACAAACCAUAAAAUACAACUUAAAUUAAAAACAUUCUUUAAUCAAGAGGUCUCCAUGAUAUAAUGGAAGAACCUUCAGAUGAUUCUAAAAAUUCUUUUCUUCCUCUUGUUAAUUACUAAAAAUGA